AUGCCUGACCGAACGCUGUCCAAGCAACUUGCUUUCAAGUUAGGAGGAUCCGGUGGAUUUGGCCUUGCAGCUUUUGUCUUUUACGUACUCUCCAGGUCUAAUCAAUACGAAAAAGGAAAUGAAUUUUUGGGCUUCCAAAAGAGAUGUCAGCUAGGUCUGGUUGGAUUUUGCGGCUUGGGUCUGCUUUCAUUCCCAGGUGAGGCUUCCUUUUGGCCAUCGGCCUUGCCGGCAGUAGUCACAAGUAUCAUAAUGAUUGCAGUGCGGAUAGGUGGUUUGGUGGUAGCUCUGGGAGGCUGGCUCAAGGACUGCACCGAUCUGAGAUGGCGCAAAGAAUUGCAGUAUGGACUCUCUGACAAUUGGCGUGGAUUGAAGGUGCAUGACAAAAAGAAGAGUCUCUUCUACAGGAACUGUGUUUUCGUGAUAUUCUUUGCCAUCCUUUCAAAUGUCAUGCAAGCCAUUUUUCAGUAUAGAUAUCAAGAUGCGCUAGAACUAUCUUCUCUUACUGGAAGUCUCCAUGUAUCAGCGGUAUCACGACUCUUACUAGUCUCAAGUUUACUGUUUAGUCUAAAGUUGGCAUCUGAAACAGAGACAUUUCCAUCGGAUAUCAAGUGGCAGACGAAUUGGGCACUCGCGGCAUGGGCUGGGUUGGUCGGAAUCGGCCAGUGCGUCUCUUUCCACCCUUCCAUCCAGGUUACCCGUAAUCGCAUUGAGAUGCUGACACUCUCUGGAUUACUUUUUGCCAAAGGACUCAAGGUAUUUCGACAGAGCGAUGCCACAAAUGAAAGAUCGGGUACUUUUGAUGAUGAUAGCGAAAGUGACGAUACGUCACAAGAUGAUGACAUUGACGAUGGGGAAGUCGGAAAUGGCAAAGACGAGGUAUAG